AUGUGGGCACGAAUGUCUCGCAUGGGAUUCUCAUUCUCGCAAGCCACUAUCUAUACGCGUACACGAGCUUUCCACUCACAACGCAGACGUCUCUUGCCAAGCUUCCGGAACAACUAUCGGUACCAGCGUUUCCAGCAGAGCAAGAACAUAUUCCAAAGAUGGGCGGCGAGACCUACAUUCUACUAUGAAGUCGGUGGCAUCGGACUUGCUGGAGGAGGCUUUUAUGUCUACAACUUGGAAGAUGUGCCGGUCUCUGGCAGACGACGCUUCAAUAUUAUCGGUCCUGAGCGCGAGAAAUCGAUAGCCGGUGGAGUUGGGGAGAUGGUUCUCAAUCAGUACCGCGAUCGUAUCCUACCUCCACACGAUAGACGGGUGCAAGCGGUGCAGCGCGUUCUCCAGCGACUGAUGCCGGUCUCCGGUAUCGACAAUAAAGAGUCGUGGAAGGUGUAUGUGAUUGAUAGCAACGAUGUCAACGCAUUUGUCACACCAGACAACAACGUGUUUGUAUUCACUGGCAUUCUGCCCAUAUGCAAGAACGAGGAUGGCAUUGCUGCAGUGCUCGGUCACGAAAUAGCCCAUAACUUUGCGCAUCAUACUGCUGAGAAGGCUAGCCGGGCUGCGAUUCUGUAUAUCCCAACUCUUUUUGUUGAGCUGGCCAUACCUGGCACGUGGUCUAUUACGAACCAGAUUCUCAACCUGAUCCUUUCCUUACCGAAUGGUCGUGCCCAGGAGUCCGAAGCUGACUACAUUGGACUAUUAAUGAUGGCUCGAGCCUGUUAUAAUCCUGAAGAAGCUGUGAGGCUAUGGUCACGCAUGGCUGAAUACGAGAAAAGGAUCGGGGGUGGUACCCCGCCCGAGUUCAUGAGCACUCAUCCUUCUUCAAACAACAGAGGAAGUAAAAUGAGUGAAUGGAUGUACGAAGCUGAGGCUAAGCGCAUGGAGUCUGACUGCCAGGCGACGAUCGGAUACUCGAAUGCAUUUCGACGUUCCGGCGCCUUUGGUGGCUAUAGUUAA